ACUACUGUAGCUCUUCUCGUUUGUUUCACUCGGACUGUAUUGAGAUGCGCGCACAGCUGAUCAUGUGAUUGUAAUUCAGGAGAAGCUUCACUAAACAUCUUUUGAUUUACAAAUAUAACCUGAAGCUUUAUUUUGUGUGAUGAUAUAUUAAAAGCGUCAUAAAAUGCUGUUAGUUUUAUCUGAGGAACACAAGGAACAUUUAGGAUUCUUAUCAGAAGUGGAUCCUGCGGUUGUUGGAGAAUUUGGCCGAAUUGCUGUGGAGUUUCUGAAAAAGGGCUCAAACCCUAAAAUAUAUGAGGGAGCGGCACGGAAGCUGAAUGUGCCAUCAGAGAGCAUCCAGCAUGGCGUGGAGGGUUUGAUGUAUCUCCUCACCGAGAGCUCCAAACUUAUGAUUUCAGAGGUGGAUUUCCAGGACUCCGUGCUGGUGUUGGGAUUCUCAGAGGAGCUCAAUCAACUUCUUCUCCAGCUGUAUUUGGAGAACAGGAAGGAGAUCCGACAGAUUCUCAGCAAACUCGCCCCCAGCCUCCCCCAUUACCACAACCUGGAGUGGAGGCUCGAUGUUCAUUUGGCCAGUCGGGCUCUUCGCCAUCAAGUGAAGCCCACCGUGACCCUGAAGCUGCACCUUGAGGACGGAGCGAGACACAGUUCCCACGUGCUGCAGACGGAUCCCGCCACGCUGCAGCACCUUAUUCAAGAGCUGGAACGAGCGCUCGCCGAGCUCAAGAGCAACCACUGCCGCCGCAUACUCCGCAACAUCAAAUAGUGCCGUGCUGACAGCUUCAGCUGCCAUCAUGUCCGGCAACACUAAUGAACUGCACAGAAAGGGUUUGUUUGUUUGAUUCUGAUGACUUUAACAACAACAAGAUAUUCUUCAACUAUGAUGUUUGAUACGAGGAAGGGCAUUUAAUCCUGAUUACAGCUGUUUGCAUAAAUCUUCACAGUUUUAAUUUGACCUUAAAGGGGUUAGUUCACCCAAAAAUGACAAUUCUGUCAUCAGUUACUCAUGUCGUUCCAAACUCAUGAUACUUUCGUUCAUCAUUGGAACACAAAUGAAGAUAUUUUAAUGAAAUCUGAGAGAUUUCUGUCCCUUAAUUGAAAAUCAAUUCACUCAAAAUGUUCAUAAAGAGAUUGUAAACUAAAACCAUAUGAAUGGAAUGCAUAUAAUCCAAAUCUUCUGAAGAGACAUGGUCGCUUAUAUGAUGAACAGAUUUAAUUUAGGCUUUUCAUCAUAUAAAGCGAUCGUGUUGCUUCAGAAGACUUGGACUAAACCACUCGAUACAUAUGGAUUUGUUUUACGAUCAAUCUUUAUGAAUAUUUUGAAGCGUCAGAGUUGACUGUCAACAGAGGGACAGUAAUCCCUCAGAUUUAAUUUAAAAUAUCUUCAUCUGUAUUUCGAAGAAGAACGAAAGUUGGUUUUGGAAUGACAUGAGGGUGAGUAAUUGAUGACAGUUUUCAUUUCUGAGUUAACUCACCCUUUAAAGCAGUGAUGCUCCACUGGCCCUACAGUUGUUUCUUAGAGAAGAAUCAAUGCUGAUUUGAUAGUUUCAUUUGUGCCAUAAGUAUUAACGGAUGACUUUGCAUUUAUUAUAAGUAUGUACACAAGGAAUGGAAGGGUUUAUCGUGUGUAUUUCUGGGCAAGGUGUUUACAUUCCCAGCAAUAUAUGGACAUUUCGGACCAAUUUUACUGAAUGUCAUAUUGAUCAGUUAUUGCACUUUUUCUUGAGUGUCCAUAAUGUAGAGUAAUGAUCAGGCUGAAUCUGCACUGUUUUUAGCAUUUUCUGCACUUGGGCAUCUACAGAAUUCUGCACAAAGAAUGAGGAAAAAAUGUGUUAAAUGGAACUGAGAGCUCCACACUUUUAUCUGUAAAUGCCGGAUGUCUUCAUUCUUGUGCUCGCAGAGUCAGUGUGGGCCUGGUAAUAAGAACAAGAUGAACAUUAAACUGCCUUUUUCCUCAAUACGCAUUGCACUGUUAACAUUUGAACUGUUUUCACAGAUGUGUUUUUAGUUGUUUUUCAUCAGUUCCUGUAAUAAAAACAUAAUCCAUAUAA